UCAACAGUAUUGUACAGAUUGACCCAGUGACCAGUGUACACAUCGUACUCACUGUACAGUUCAGUUUAUGUUUACAAUAUUUUAAAAUGAUUUUCUUAGUCUUCGUGAUAUCAGUAUUUACAGCUGAUGAAGUUUUUUCCAAAUUCAGAUCUGUGGCAGGUGUGGGAACAUUUUCAGAAAAGGUCUUGAAUCCUGGAGAAAGACGAUAUUUAUUCCACUCUGGGAAGACGGUUGCGGAUCUGAUAUUGGAUUCACAUAAUCAGAUUUUAACUUGCCUCCUCGUAAAAAAGAACGACGAGGCACGAGUGGUGGAAGAAAAGCUUCAAAUGUUCAAACAAAUUGGCAGUGAUGUGAAAGUAGUAAAGCUAAAGCUGAUGGAUAUGCUAGAUCUGAUAAAAAGAUGUAAUUUUCACCCGUCAGCGCAUAAAAUACAACUGGAGGAGAAAAAAGAUUCCCAGGAUGAGAAUAAGCAAGAUUUCUCUCCUUCUUCCUUUUUUCACUCAGCUUCAAGCGGUAUUAUUCCAAAAACUUUGUGGUGCGGUGCAGGAAAUAUUGCAAAACAUUUCAAUCAUCUUGGUCCAGACUUUCAGCUAGACAGAUGUUGUCGGCAGCAUGAUUUUUGUCCAUAUGAUUUACCACGACUCUCUACAAGAAACCCUACACCAUACACACAGUGUUUCUGUAAAUGUGAUGAGUUGUUCUACAAUUGUUUGAAGGAUGUCGGAAGUACAUCCGCUGAUGAUGUCGGGAAGAUGUUCUUUAACAUUGUGAAAAUGCGCUGUGUAGAUUUCGUACAGCCAAAGAAAUGUUCAGAGUGGAGGGAUGAUGAUGGGUGUAUAGAGUGGGAAGAGGAUCAAGAAUCAAUGCCGGAAUUAGUUGUUGUACAGCCUGCUGAUCGGUAUUAGACCAGAGGUUAUCGACAAAGAAUUGGAUGCUUGAUUUACACCGUUUUUAUUUCUAAAGAAAUAAAUGUUGAGAAUAAAUGUCGUCUUUGAGUUAA